AUGGAAGCUGAAACUGGAUUUUAUAAUUUGGUUUUUAUACUGCAAUUUAAAGACUAUGAGGAAUUUACACAGCACGUGAAAACAAGGAUUGACGCCGAGAGUUAUAAUGAAUUUAAUUCAGCUGAAAAAUAUAGUUAUUUAGCUAAAAUGUAUACAUCAAUCUAUAGUGAAAAACCUGAUGAGCUUGGAAAUGAUAUAUUAAAGAAUCCACGAAACUAUUGUAAUAUUAAAAUCAAAGAAGAUAUACAAAAAUUGGAAGGAAUUAGUGAAGGUAAGCCGGCAAAAAACUCUUAUUUUAGUUUUAAUAAUUUGCUACUUAUCAAUAUGAGAAAAUAUAUUAAUUAA